CCCGGGACUCAGACAGACACAGCACCAUCCUGAGGGCAGCAGCUUCUUCCCACCUGGCAGAUAGUCCCGGACAGCUCGCAAAAUGUGUGACGCCUUUGUAGGUACCUGGAAAAUGGUCUCCAGUGAGAACUUCGAUGAUUACAUGAAAGAAGUGGGAGUGGGCUUCGCCACCAGGAAAGUGGCCGGCAUGGCCAAGCCCAACAUGACCAUCAGCGUCAAUGGGGAUGUGAUCACCAUUAAGUCAGAAAGUACCUUUAAAAACACGGAGAUCUCCUUCAAACUGGGCCAGGAAUUUGACGAGGUCACUGCAGACGACAGAAAAGUCAAGAGCACCAUCACCUUGGACGGAGGGGCCCUCGUGCAGGUGCAGAAAUGGGAUGGAAAGUCAACCACCAUCAAGAGGAAGCGAGUGGAUGACAAACUCGUGGUGGAGUGUGUCAUGAAAGGUGUCACUUCCACCAGAGUUUACGAGCGAGCGUGAGCCGAGGGACAGUGACCUGGACGGACGUUUGCGUCGAACUCUGUGACAUUCCGCUGGAAAUAGAGUCCAAACGUAUAUUGUUGUUGUCCACUAAUUAGCAAGCAACUAACUUCCCCCCAGUCAGAAUUUACUCAGUGUGGUUGCAUUGGUUAAAUAAAACAUUUUAGAGUUAGAA